CCGCACUCCCCAGAAACCCUCCGCCAGAUCGCCGAAGCGCGCGCCGCCCUCGAAGCCUCCAUGAACAACAUCGGCUCCUCCCUCGACCACAACCUAAGAUCGCGCGCACAGAACCUCCAUUCGAAUUCCGCACAACUGAGCAAGCAGGAGAAGGACGUGGUGAAAGCAACAGAGGGGCUGAGGAAAGAGACGGACAAACUGAAGAAGGUCGCGGACGAGGGACAGCGCAAGGUGAAGGAAUUGGGAAAUGUGCAGAAUUGGGCGGAGAUGUUGGAGAGGGAUUUCUUGGUCGUGGAGGAGACACUUAGACUG